UACACAUGUCACAUACAGGUCAUAGUCCAAUACUUCGGCUCGACUAAUUUCUUCGAGAUGUUGGCCAGUAAUUGACGUAUCAAGUUUGACUGAGAAAAAGAAGUGUGAUACACGUAAACAAAAUGCUUUCUCUCGUGAAAAAUUGCGUAUUGGCAAAACAAGGAGUAAAUUAUGCGGAAACUCUUACCCGUUAUUCUGGAAUUUUCACAAAUAAGACUUAUUCUACAAAAGGUGAUGGCUCAAAAAAUAUUGUAUUCAUCGAUGGAGUUCGGACUCCAUUUUUACAGUCUGGAACUCAAUACAAGAAUCUUCUGGCAUAUGAGCUCGCAAGACAUUCACUGGUGAGCUUGCAACAGAAAAUCGGGUUCCCUAAGGAAGUAGUUGAUUACAUCGUGUAUGGCACAGUAAUGCAAGAAGUCCGAACUUCCAAUAUUGGAAGAGAAGCUGCUCUAACUGCAGGAUACAGCGAACAUACUCCUGCGCAUACAGUAACAAUGGCGUGCAUUAGCAGUAACCAGGCUAUCACUACUGGCAUGGGUUUAAUCGCUUGCGGUGUUUUUGAUGCAGUUGUGGCAGGUGGAGUUGAAUUCAUGUCGGAUAUUCCCAUCCGUCAUAGUCGACGCAUGAGAUCUUUGAUGCUGCAAGCCAACAAGGCGAAAACUGUAGGAAACAAAUUAGCUCUUUUAGCAAGCAUUAGACCAACCUAUUUUAUACCAGAUCUUCCAGCUGUGGCAGAAUUUUCAACUGGUGAAACUAUGGGACACAGUGGGGAUCGUUUAGCUGCAGCGUUCGGCGUGACACGCAAAGAACAAGAUGACUACGCAUUGCGUUCUCAUACUUUAGCCGCGCGAGCUCAACAGCAAGGAUUUUUGUCGGACGUAACACCUUAUAAAGUACCGAACGUUGCCGAAAUUGUUGACAAAGACAAUGGUAUUCGCGUAUCUACAGAGGAACAGUUGGCAAAACUAAAACCCGCAUUCGUUAAACCUUACGGAAGUGUCACUGCAGCCAACGCGUCUUUCUUGACCGAUGGUGCAUCCGCAGCGUUAAUAAUGAGCGAGGACAGGGCUCUCCAACUUGGUUUAAAACCCAAAGCAUAUCUGCGAAAUUUUACUUAUGUAUCCCAAGAUCCAGUCGAUCAGUUGCUUCUGGGUCCGACAUAUGCAAUACCGAAGGUUUUGGAUAAAGCAAAAUUAGGCAUAAAAGAUAUAGGAGUAUGGGAGGUACACGAAGCAUUCGCCGGUCAAAUCUGUGCUAAUCUGAGAGCGUUAGAUUCGGAUUUAUUCGCGCAAAAAUAUUUGAAUAGGAGUUCAAAAGUUGGAAUACCAGAUCUGAAUAAAUGGAAUGCUUGGGGUGGAUCUUUGUCGAUCGGCCACCCGUUUGCUGCUACGGGAGUAAGAUUAGCGACGCAUACUGCGAAUCGACUUAUCAAAGAAGAUCAACAAUUCGGACUCAUCGCGGCCUGUGCUGCUGGUGGACAGGGAGUUGGUAUGAUCAUGGAAAGAUAUCCUGGUGCUACAAUUUGAUCUGGUUUUUAAAAGAAAUGAAACUGAUGUCUAAAAAUAUAAAAAACAAAAAUUCUGAAGGAAAAAAUAUUUUUUUACUGGAGAGAAUAACAUAUAAGUGAUCAUCCAGUAUUGUUACUGAU